AUGCGUGUGUGUAGUCCGUGUGAUCUGAGCGAUCUGGAGUAUCUUGAUGAGGAGUUUCAUCAGAGUCUUCAGUGGAUGAAGGACAAUGACAUAGAGGACAUGCUGGACCUGACCUUCACCGUCAACGAGGAGGUUUUCGGACAGAUCACAGAGCGCGAGCUGAAGCCUGGCGGUGCAAAUAUCCCCGUGUCAGAGAAGAAUAAGAAGGAGUACAUCGAACGCAUGGUGAAGUGGCGUAUAGAGCGCGGUGUCGUCCAACAGACGGAGAGCCUGGUGCGAGGCUUUUAUGAGGUUGUAGAUGCGCGGCUGGUGUCGUUGUUUGAUGCGCGGGAGCUGGAGCUGGUGAUCGCUGGGACGGCGGAGAUCGAUCUGGGAGACUGGAGGAACAACACCGAGUACAGAGGAGGUUACCAUGACAACCACAUCGUGAUUCGCUGGUUCUGGGCGGCGGUGGAGAGAUUCAACAACGAGCAGAGACUCAGACUGCUGCAAUUUGUGACAGGGACGUCCAGUAUCCCGUACGAGGGCUUCGCCUCUCUCAGGGGCAGCAACGGGCCGCGCCGCUUCUGUGUGGAGAAAUGGGGGAAAAUCACGUCUCUGCCCAGAGCUCACACAUGUUUCAAUCGUCUGGACCUCCCCCCGUACCCCUCGUUCUCCAUGCUGUACGAGAAGAUGCUGACGGCAGUGGAAGAAACCAGCACUUUCGGUUUGGAGUGAAUGUUGAUUUUUGCACUUUGAGCUGAUCAAAUAUCCUUCAUUUCCACGACCCGUCAGGAAGAGCAAAGGAGGUAACCAUCUAAAACAGACACCAGAAGCACUUAGACGUAUAUUUUGUACACCGUAUCACUUAAAAAUACUUUCUUGGAAAGAAACACAGAAAACGAUCAGUGAGCUGGACUGGACUGAGAGAAGCGAGGAUGUUGUCUGAAUGGUUCUCAGACGCAAACAUUGAUCGGCUCUGGAUGAAUCGAGGAGGAUGUGACCAGCCAAAUGCAAAGCUGAGUGACUAACUGAUUCAAAUGAGGAACAAAACAAACCCAAAGGACUUUGAUAUUCUCACUCUCUUUUUAUCUGUAAAAAAAAGACUUUUCUACGGAGCAUCAAAAUGCAGCGUGAAUGAACAAAUACUGUGUUGUGAAAGCUUUUUCAGAUCGCCUCAAACACUAUCACACACGACAGCGCUGCCCUCUAUACUGAAUUGAAAUGUAUAUGUUCUCUCUUCUUUUUGUCAUAUUUAUACAUUAGUCUUUCUCAUAUGUUUGUUUUGACACCGUAUGCUGUCCAAGUAGCUGUCACGUUAGAUAUGUGACACUUUUGAAUGAAUUUGGUUGUUUAUAUACUCUCACACGUGACGUUUUCAAAGGGCAUGUUACAACAUCAUGAAUGUGACCACUAUGUGCAAAUGAUAAAAAAAAAUCAACAAUAGAAGAUGAUUUUUUGACUUUAUAGUCCAACCUUGGCCUUUCUGUUGUCCUCAGAUAACACGAUUUUAUUUCCGAUGACAUUUGAACAAAUAGAGCGGUCACAUACCCACUGAAAGAAGCUACAGAAACACUCAAAGUCAGCAUGAAAUUAAAACGGACACUAUUUGUGUUACUAAUACGCUUCAUUGUGGUAUAAUAACGUUUUCUGAUUUAAAUGGAGUAAAAUAGCUUGCGUUGCCAUUUCAUGUUGACAUGUUGAUUUUUAUUUCCAUAUCCUUAUAUAGCUUUAGUGUGACAUUAAUGUUGCAGACGCAGCUGUCUUGAAUCUCCUUUUCAUUUUUCACUCUCUUCUCUUGAGUCCGACAGAGUUUUCUUGUAUGAUUUGAAACUGGAAUAUCAAGCCCGCAAAACCAUAUCAAUACAUUCCAGACUUUUCCAUUUGCGUUAAGUCAACCCAGCCUUUUACGAAACACUGCCGUGGCUGCGGGACGCUGGAUUGUACUCUGGUUCUGAAUGUUUUGUAAUCUGAAUUUUGUGUAAGGAGUUCAUAUCGCUUCCAGUGAAAACUGGUGUAGUUGAAACUGCCAUUGUUGCGAAUCAUCAUCAGAGUCGGGAUCCAUUUGCAGCGUUCUUUAUUGCGUAACCAGACAAGACAGGGUCAAUCACCAGUAGAUACAACAGUGUGGGCUAGGCUGAGACAGAAACGUGGGACGGGCAGGAGGUCGAGGCAGGCGGCAGACAGACACAGUAGAAGAACAAUCCAAGUCGGGGCAGGCAGAGACAGAUCAGAAUACCAUAAACAGUCCAAGGUCAAACGAAAAGGCAAGAUACAGGGUUAAACGCUCAGAAGUGACAGCCGGGGCAAAUCAAGACUUCGCAGUGAGUAGCUGUGAGUGUUUGGCUUAUAUGUGUGUGCGUGAUUCAAUGCAGGUGUGUGCGUGCAAUCAGUCCCGGGUAUGAGGCAUGAUGGGAACUGGAGUCCGAAUGGAUAAAGUUAGUAUUCAGGAGAGAGUUCCCUCUGGUGGCGAGGAGGAGGCGGUACGGAAGCCUCCUCUGUAACAGCCAUGGGGCUUUAUGAGGUCCAUCAAAUUUUGGAAUGGCAAUGAAGACAAACACGAGCAUAUCGUCUUUGUCAGUUCGAUUAUGGCCGGUUAGAUCACUAAUACAAACCAGAUAGAUCUUCGUUUUUGUAUUAAGGCUUUUGCAGUGGCGUGCUGAUAUUUGUGCUGAAUGUACCAAAGGUUUAGGGCUGCCGUAGACUGUCCCGUCCACGUUUUGUUUGAUUAAAAAAAGGAAAACAUUUAUUAAAAAACAAUGAUAAUAAUAAAAGCCUUUUUUUGGAUGCCCCAAUUGUUAAUUGGACUUUUUAGAGUAGCGUUUUCACGAUGAUGUUUUACACACAAUAUAACAAGGUCUAUACAAUGAGGAAACAAUUACGCUUUCUGUUGUUUGAAGAUGCAAAUGCAUUGUUUAAUAUGUAUGUAUGGUUUAUCUGGAGAUUUAAUGGAAUAGUUCAGUUGCUGUGAUUUAUUCACCCUCAUGCCGUUCUAAAUGCAUUUCUUUUUUUUUUUUCUUUUGUGGAAUAGAAAAGGUAUUUCACAGAUUGUCCAGACUGAUACUGUGAAAGUGAAUAGAGACUGGGAGUGUAUAAAAGUCCAGUGUUUCUUGGAAGAAAGAAAAUCUUGUGGAUGAGGGUGAGUAAAUGAUGUCCGAAUUUCCAUUUUUUGUGAACUGUUCCUUUAAAUGUUCCCUGCCUUUCUAAAGACCACAGGCUUCAGACUGAGAUCACACAUAAGUUCUGGCUUUCUGCUGAUGUUCGUUACUAAAGCUUUCUGUACUACUUUCAAUUUUGCACCGUUCACGUGCUCUGAAAACAUGUGACUGUUGAUUGGAUAACAGCUUUCAGAGCUCCACAUUUGGGUUUUUCUCUUUUUUGUUUCAGCACAGAUGAUUGUAUAAAGCUGUUUAUCUCACGGAAAAUGCCUCGGAGUCUUGAUUCCAUAUUCAGAUGGGUUAUUACUGUUUUUGGUCUUG